AUGCUUUCUUUGAUCAGUACAAUCUUCAUCUCGAUCAGUACAAUCUUCAUCUCACAUAAUUUUGGUCUCUUCAUGGUGACAAAUCCUGCUGCAACGAAUAGGCCUCUGCAAUGGAGGAGGCCUCCAACAAGAACUAAAAAAUUUCCCACCAUCCUGGAGGUGGCGGCCCCGCCAGUGUACACCCCUCAAGAUCAAGAAAAGUCACCAGCAGCAGCAUCAGAAAUAUCAGAAGAUGGAUUUGAAACGGAGUUACUAGGCUUAACUGGUGGAUUUCCGGGCAGCCAACAUGGACUUAAAAUGUUCAUUGAACAAAAUCCACCCCCUGAAAAGGGAGGAUCAGCCAUUGUCGAGUCUACUCCAAGCUCUUCAAAGCUAAAAGCACCAGAAUUGCCUGGAAUGAUAGCCAUUGUCAAGAACCCUAGUUAUCCCUUCUAUAUGUAUUUUGGUAUUGUCCAAAGAAUUACUGAUGGCAAGGCUGGGGUUCUGUCUGAAGGUGGAAAUUGGGAUAGACUAGAGCAAAACCGGUGGUUUCUGGGUCACGACUAG